UCGAGUAACAUGGAGGACGAGGUGGAUGUUGACAUCGAAGGAGAUGACUUUGAUAACAAUAUUGGGGAGAUGGACGGAGGAGGUUUGGUGCAGGAGCAGUUCAUGCAGCCUACAGGGAAGAGCAGCGCCUGGAUACUGCCCUGGGAGCUGGACAGCUCCAUCAGCCCGGAGAACAGAGAGGCGAUAGAGAGGAUGUUGCUAGAGGAACAAUAUUACCUGACAGGUAAGGAGAUUCCCGACCACAUUUGGCACAGUGAUCCUCACAAAAAAAACAAAGUGAAAAAGUCUCCGGCCAAGAACAUAGCUUCGUCUGCUGGUUCAUCCUCUCGAUGGUCCCAACAGGAGAAAGAACUGUUUGAGGAAGGCCUGGCUCGGUUCGGUCGAAGGUGGACUAAGAUUGCUAAGCUUAUGGAAAGCCGUACCGUUCUUCAGGUUAAGAGUUACGCCAGGCAGUAUUUUAAACAUAAGGCAAAAUCAGAUCCUGGUCCCGCGGCUCCCUCUGUAGCUCCCAUAAUACACCUACAACCUCCUCAGCCCACCUCCAGUCAAGUGUCUACUCUUGCCAACGCUGUCCGCAUAGAGAAGCUUUCUGACGAUGAGGAUGAGGAUGUAGACAUCACUGACGACUUGAGUGAUGACGAAGAAGGCAAUAAACCACAGGCAGUCCUCAGCAGUGAUUUCUGUGGGCCUGAGGAGAAAACAGAUUCUGGGAGUCAAAGCCCCACAGAAGAACAUGUAAGUCUGAGUGGGGUAGAGAGCAUCCAUGAGACGAAGGAGAAACCGAGCCACAGCUCUCUUUCUCCGCAAAGUCUUCAACCCUCAUCUUUCCCUGGUUGCUCAGAAGAUCCUGGAGUAACAGAGCGAGAUGAGAAGGUCAACAAGACAGCGUCGGUAUUUCCACAAAGCUGUCAGACACCGCCUCACGCAGACUCAAAGCAGAUGUUCUCAGCAGGCAUUGCUCAACUGGAAGAAGCUUACAGUGAUGGAAUGGAUUCUUCAGACAAGAUUGAGAAGAAUCUAAAUGAUAGACCAUACAAUGACCAGGAGGAGGAGGAGAAUGAAGAUGAUGAAGAGGAGGAGCUGAAGGCCCCUGAACAAGAAAUAGAGAUGGACACAGAGACCAUCACCGAGGAUGAGAAGCAGGCUAUCCCAGAGUUCUUUGAGGGGCGACCAUCAAAAACCCCUGAAAGAUAUCUGAAGAUUAGAAACUACAUCCUGGAUCAAUGGCUGAAGAGCAAGCCCAAGUACCUAAACAAGACAUCGGUCCGCCCUGGUCUAAAGAACUGUGGAGAUGUCAACUGCAUUGGGAGAAUACACACCUAUCUGGAACUCGUUGGAGCAAUCAACUUCAACUGCGAGCAAGCUGUGUACAAUCGUCCAAAGGUGAUGGACCGCUCCAAGCAUAAGGAAGGCAAAGAUGUACUGGAGGCCUAUCAGCUCGCCCAGAGGCUGCAGAGCAUGCGAACCAGGAAGCGGCGUGUGCGGGACAUUUGGGGGAACUGGUGUGAUGCUAAAGACUUGGAGGGACAGACGUAUGAGCAUCUAAGUGCAGAAGAAUUAGCUCUGCGGAGAGAGGAGAUGAAGAAGCAGCCUAAACCUUACAAGAUGUCCAGAUACCGAGGCUCUUUUGACCCCUUCCAGCUGAUUCCCUGCAGAUCUUUUGAAGAGGAUAUAAAGGAACCAUUCCAGGUUAUAGUCUGUGCUGAGACGCUUCUCAUCAUGGAUAUGCAUGCACAUGUGUCAAGGGGGGAAGUCAUUGGUCUGCUUGGUGGAACUUUUAAUGAAGAAGCAAAAGUAUUGAAGAUCUGUGCAGCAGAGCCAUGUAACAGUGUGAGCACAGGUCUGCAGUGUGAGAUGGAUCCAGUGUCUCAGACACAGGCCUGUGAUGUGCUGUCAUCCCUGGGAUUCAGUGUAGUGGGCUGGUACCACUCGCAUCCCUCCUUCCACCCUAACCCUUCACUGCGAGACAUAAACACGCAGCACCAAUUCCAGAGUUAUUUUUCACGUGGUGGAGCCCCGUUUAUUGGGAUGAUAGUGAGCCCAUAUGACCCAGCUAAUGCCUCCCCCCACUCCCAGACUACCUGCUUAUUGGUAAAAGAGAACCAGGAGCCUUCAGACCCCCAGAGGUGUACACUGGCUCUCAUGCUAUGGCAGCUGGGAUAG